CCUAGACUUCCGGUUUCUCAUGUCAGCUGAUCAAUCCCGUUCCUGUCUGCUGAUGCACAGUAGUUGAGAAUGUCAGGCAAAGACAAAUUACCGAUUUUCCCCUCUCGGGGGGCCCAGAUGUUGAUGAAGUCUCGCUUACAAGGAGCUCAAAAAGGACAUGGAUUGUUGAAAAAGAAGGCAGAUGCACUGCAAAUGCGUUUCAGAAUGAUACUGGGGAAAAUCAUAGAAACGAAAACUUUGAUGGGUGAAGUGAUGAAGGAGGCAGCCUUUUCACUAGCCGAAGCAAAAUUUGCUACGGGCGACUUCAAUCAAGUGGUUUUACAAAAUGUGACGAAAGCACAGAUCAAGAUCCGUUCUAAGAAGGACAACGUCGCCGGUGUGAAUCUACCAGUAUUCGAAUCCUAUCAGGAUGGGACAGAUACUUACGAACUAGCAGGUCUGGCCAGAGGUGGUCAGCAAUUGGCUAAACUGAAGAAGAACUAUCAACGGGCCGUGAAACUGCUCGUAGAACUGGCGUCGUUGCAAACAAGUUUUGUUACUCUGGAUGAAGUUAUCAAAAUCACGAAUCGACGUGUCAAUGCUAUCGAGCACGUUAUCAUCCCACGAAUCGAGAGAACGCUAGCCUAUAUUAUUUCAGAGCUCGACGAGCUUGAAAGAGAGGAGUUCUAUCGAUUGAAGAAGAUUCAGGACAAGAAGAAGAUUGCCAAGGCAAAGGCUGAAGCAGAAAGAGCAGAAAUGAUUGCAGCCGGACAAAAUUUGGACGCUGCAAAUCUGCUCGAAGAGAGCGAUGAUGAUGUUCUGUUUUAAAUACUGUAAAUAAUACUGUUAUAAAUUUUAAGAUGUUAAUAUCUAAAUAGAAAGAACACAUAAAUUUACGUCGGAGUCACGACAGUCUCGUUUGUACAUUUUAGAGAAUGUCGUUGGCAAUCCCUUUUCCGCUUUAAAAAAGCCACUGUUACUAUUUUUGUUUAUUUCUUGAAAAAUACAUUUUAUAGUAUUUGUUGUGCAGUAAUUUGUAUAAAUAAUUAAUUAUGUAUCAUGCCGUAUAUAUAUACACAUGUGACAACAACGCUGUUACUUCUUAAAAGUAUUCCGAAUAUUUUAAUAUAUUCUAAAUAACGACGAGUAUUUUAAUUCUAAAUAUAAAUCAAAUCAUUCCAUCAUCAUUUAUAUCUGGCUUUUAUGAUGCGAGGAAUUGUACAAUCCGAGUAUAGUAAUGAUUACAAAUAUAUAAUAAAUAUAUGUAUGUAUAUAUAUUA